AUGGUGCUGACACUAGUGGGCCUUGGCUUAAACGAUGAGCGCGAUAUCUCUAUCCGUGGCCUCGAGGCGAUCCGCACGGCUGAUAUCGUCUACCUGGAGAAUUACACGGCGACGCUCAAUGUGGACACCUGCCGGCUUGAACGUUUCUUUGAAAAGCCAAUUGUAUUAGCAGACAGAGACUUUGUAGAAGGACAAGCAGAAGCAAUGCUAGAGGCAGCAGAAACCAAACGAGUUGUCUGCCUUGUUGUCGGCGACCCCUUUUGUGCGACGACCCACGCGGAUCUGUAUCUAAGGGCGAGACAGAGAGGUGUAACUGUGAAGGUCGUUCAUAAUGCGUCCAUUAUGAGCGCCGUCGCUGCCAGCGGCCUACAGUUGUAUCGGUUCGGCGAGACGGUUUCAAUUCCCUUCUUUGACGGCGGCUGGAAACCCGUGAGUUUCUACGAAAAGAUAAAGAAGAACAGGGACAACAACAUGCACACUUUGUGCCUAUUAGAUAUUAAGGUAAAGGAGCAGACAGUGGAGAAUAUGAUGAAGGGGAACAACAUCUUUGAGCCCCCGAGAUUUAUGACAGUCAACACCGCCAUCGAGCAGCUCCUCGAGGCUGCGGAGAUGCACAACGACGAAAACGCUAAGAAGAUUUUGGCCUUCGGCUUGGCUCGAGUUGGGGCUGACGAUCAGAUGAUUGUAUCUGGAACGCUUGAAGAGCUGCUGAAUGCGGACCUUGGGAAGCCUCUGCACAGCCUGCGACCUCCCCAGAAUAUUUGUAGUCAUCUCCUUUCUUUUCUGGUUAGCGGUUGGCCUCCCCGUGGAGGACGAAGAAACAGUGUCCUUCUGUACCACGUCCCUUGCCUCCCUGCCGAUGGUUUGGUGAAAGCACAGCAACGCAUUCUGAACAGCAGACGGAGUUCAGGGAGACAAUACAACUAA